AUGCCUAAGAACAAGGGAAAGGGCGGCAAGAACCGCAGAAGAGGAACAAAGGAGAACGACGAUCAGCGUCGUGAGCUGACCUUCAAGGAGGACGGCCAGGAGUACGCCCAGGUUAUCAAGAUGCUGGGCAACGGUCGUCUCGAAGCCCUGUGCUUUGACGGCAGCAAGCGUCUCGCAAACAUCCGUGGCAAGAUGCGAAAGAAGGUCUGGAUUAACCAGGGCGACAUCAUCCUCCUCUCCCUGCGCGACUUCCAAGACAACAAGGGCGAUGUUAUCCUCAAGUACACCGCCGAUGAGGCCAGAACUCUCAAGUCCUAUGGCGAGCUGCCUGAGCACGCCAAGAUCAACGAGACCGACACCUUCGGCCAGGGCGAGGACGGCGAGGCCUACUUCGAGUUCGGCGAUGCCGACUCCGACGAGGAGUCCGACGUCGAGGGCGGCAAGAAGGAGGUCGACAUCGACGACAUCUAA